UUCAAGAAAAUUGUCAGUUAAGGAAAUAAAAAUGGAAUUUGUGCAACAACUCUGAGUACUUUGCUUGUAUUUGGUCAGAUGAUUAUAUACAUCUUGUAAGUCACGCAUUGUUGAAUCGAAGAAAAAAAUUGCUACGUCUGUACUGUACACAAGCACUUUUAUGAAAGGACUUUGUCAGCGACGUGUUGGCCCUCGCUAAUGGUCAACAAGGUGAUAACCCUCGCUAAUGGUCAACAAGGUGAUGACCCUCUCUAAUGGUCAGUGAGGUGACGGCGAUGGUAUUCUGCAUUGUGCCACAACUUCACAAGUCACAGUCAGCCAUUCUGUCCAGUAUGUCACGUUACACAUUUACAGGCAACACGGAGAUCCUCCGUAUUCAACUUUUCAUCCUUGGGAAUGGUGCCUAGCUCAGGGUAAAGGAUGAAAAAUACCACAGCAGAAGAAGGUCUUUUGCAACUCUAACUACUACCCCACCAGGUGCUCUUUAUAUUCAAUGUUGCAUCGGGUUUUUCACACACCGUACUUUUGCUUUCGAUUGAAGGCGAAACACGGUGCAGUGGUGCACCUGAGUGGACGAAGAACGGGCGACGGCCCUGUACAUGUGAAACUUGAGGAUACAAAUGACUUAAAUUCAUAAAAGAGUGAACUUUGUAAAUUCCACAGGGAAUGUGAGUGAAUGACUCAUGUCAGCGGUGCCCUCCAACUGCCAUUUUGCUGAUCUGCUGUGAAGAAAGUUCUUAGAGCACAGGAAGCUUGGAAUUCUGGGAUGGAGGCGCAGGUAGUGUCGGGACAUGAAAUUGGGCACCGUUUUAGUGCACGUUGUAGGAUUGUCAGGAGGAAUGCGUUUCAAAAACUAUUGGCUCCUUUUUGCAUUUUAAUAAAAGUCUUGCAUUCUGAAAUAGAAUGAGUGCAAAUAAAUUUAAAGUUAUGUACCAAUAUUUUUUAAUAGCUUAAUCGAUUUGAACAGUAUCAAUAUUUUUGUGGGAAUAUUCAGUGCUGCUGCAGUAGUACAGUGAUACUUCCUGUUCUUCGGCCAGCACCGAUUUGGUUAGAAAGUCUUAUUCCAGAACCGCUACGCUCCCUGUUGGCCGGUAUGGACCGGUCUGCGUCAGUCAGAUGUGUGAGAAUGUACAUUAUAACUUUUCCGUCAUGGUUUUUGUUUUCAGGAGCUGGUUUUUCAGGUCCACAGUAAUCGUAAAGUACCUAUUCAUUUGCCACAUGUCCUUCCCACAGAGUUCGAAGGAGGCUGAAGCCUUCUUAUCACCCAGUAACCUGUCAAUAUAAGAUGAUGUUAGGUUUUCAAGAGACAAACGAGGUGUUGAGAGAAAUGAGAAGAGACCAUGGAGACAUAAACUGCCAGGCCAGCAGGUCCUGUGAUGGGUAAAGCCAUCUCCUCGAAGGACAUGGGUUUGAAUCACAUCUCCCUUUGUAGCACUCUUCAACAAGUCUCUUACCCUGAACUGACAUGUUUGUGUAGCUCUUGCAAGCGAAUAAGGCGCUCGUAUUGGCUCCCGGCGAUGCGCCCGCUCUCCUUCCGAGCUCCGUGAUUGGACGCCGUGCGGAGGCCACGCCCACCUCCUGGGUGUCCACUUGAUCGUAGUCACUGAAAGCCGUUUGUCUGCACGAGCCGAUGGUCAUCUGUGAGCGCGAGCGCUGAGAAGGUCACCCCGGCAUCAUGGAUGAACUUGUACAGAAGCACUUCUCUGCCGUGGACUAUGUGAUCUUCGCUGUCCUGCUGGUGGCUUCUGCAGGGAUCGGACUCUAUUAUGCUUUCUCUGGGGGGCGCCAGCGCACCACACAGGAGUUCCUGCUGGCUGACCGCAGCAUGAGCUGCCUGCCGGUGUCGCUGUCCCUGCUGGCCACCUUCCAGUCGGCCGUGGCCAUCCUGGGCGCUCCUUCUGAGAUCUACGCUAAUGGCACGCAGUACUGGUUCCUGGGCUGCUCCUACUUCUUGGGCCUCCUCAUCCCCGCCCACAUCUUCAUCCCCGUGUUCUACCGGCUCCGCCUCACCAGUGCCUACCAGUACCUUGAGCUGCGGUUCAAUAAAACGGUGAGGAUAUGUGGGACCGUGACUUUCAUCUUUCAGAUGGUGGUGUAUAUGGGAGUGGUCUUGUACGCCCCUGCCCUGGCACUUAAUGCAGUUACAGGAUUUGACCUCUGGGGGGCAGUGCUGGCAAUGGGACUCGUGUGCACUCUGUAUACAACCCUGGGUGGACUGAAGGCGGUAAUCUGGACGGAUGUCUUCCAGACAGUGGUGAUGUUUGCGGGCCAGCUGGCCGUCAUUGUAGUCGGGGCCCAUCAGGCAGGGGGCAUCUCAGAGGUGUGGAGGAGGGCCCAAAACGGGAGCCGCAUUGCUGGCUUAGACCUGAACCCCGACCCCCUGGAGAGGCACACCUUCUGGACGCUGGGCGUCGGAGGGAUCUUCCUCAUGCUAGCCCUGUAUGGAGUGAACCAGGCUCAGGUGCAGAGGUAUCUGAGCUCUCGCACAGAGAAGGAGGCCAUCAUGUCCUGCUAUGUGGUGUUCCCCUGUCAACAGAUUGUGCUCACCCUGGGCUGCCUAAUGGGACUCGUGAUGUUUGCUCGCUACGGGGAGGACAGCCCUCUGGACAAGGGCUACGUCUCCUCAAACGAUCAGAUGGUGCUCUACUUUGUGAUGGAUGUUCUCCAGGACCUGCCAGGCCUGCCGGGCCUCUUUGUGGCCUGUUUGUUUAGUGGAGCCCUCAGCACAAUCUCUUCAGCCUUCAACUCCCUGGCAACGGUGACGAUGGAGGACCUGAUUAAACCCCAUUUCCCAGCAAUGACGGAGACCAGGGCUACUCUGCUGUCCAAGGGGCUGGCGCUGGCCUAUGGGCUGGUCUGCCUUGCCAUGGCCUACAUUGCAUCCCUCAUGGGAUCAGUGCUGCAGGCGGCACUGAGUAUCUUCGGGAUGGUCGGAGGGCCUCUUCUUGGGCUCUUUUGCCUUGGCAUGUUCUUCCCGUGGGCCAACUCUGUGGGUGCUGUGAGCGGGUUGCUGGCCGGCCUUGUCAUGGCCUUCUGGGUCGGCAUCGGGAGCUUUGUGUCCCGCUUUCCCGCUGCUGUACCCUCGACGACUGCACCAGAUGUGGGCAACCUGACUACCGUCGCCAGUUUCGUCAAGGCCAAAACCAGGCCGACGGGACUGAACGCCCUGUACUCUCUGUCCUACAUGUGGUACAGCGCCCACAACUCUACCACCGUGGUGGUGGUGGGCCUCAUCGUCAGCCUGCUCACGGGGCCCAUGAAGGAGAAGGAUGUGACCCCAGGCACCGUGUAUCCGAUUCUGGGCAACCUGCUCUUCUUCCUGCCCGAACGCUACAAAGAGAAGCUGUGUUGCGUGACCCCCCUGGAGGACAAGCCCAGGGCUAUCGACGCACAGCAUUAUCGGAUGGCGCAGAAGGAGAGCAACGGUGUGCUCUGCCUGGCAGAGGAUAACGAAGGAGAGGAUGGAGAGCAGAAGGAGACGAAGGGGGAGACCCAAGCGGUUCAGGAGACUACCUUGUAGUCGUCAGCACCCC